AUGCUGACCCUCUACCUGCAGCUCUGUGCUGUCGGCACACUUGGUGUAGCCGCUGCGGGACUGGCGCUUGGUACAUCCGAAGGGGAUUCAUACUUGAUUAAGCCGGGCAAGAGGAAGGCUCCUGGUUCUAAUGCUGCCACCCAUUCUCCGGUCUUUGUCGAACAACAACAGCCGGCACGUCCUCAUACCUCCCAACCCUCUGCUUCCCUCCCAGCAUUGUCCGAGAGACUGGAACGUCGACUGUCUACAUCUAUCUUGAGGAGGAAGACUGUCCGGGCAUCUACCCCUUCAGCAACAACAGAGAGUACCGGCACAGACUCUCGUGAAAGUUCGAUCAGUAGACAUGGAAUAUUGAGACCCUGGACAUCUGGCAGGGAGUCAGCAGACGGGAGGGAACAGAGCACACCGUCCACCUGGUUACGACGAAUCUCAAGUCUGUCUCGUCACAGUCGAGGCAGCCCUAGCUCAUCCUCAUCGAGGUUAGAUGACUCUGCGGGUCCAUCUCGCCCUUCUCUAAAUGAUCUCGACCAACCCAACAAGCUUGUGAAGAGGUCGUCCUCAAAGCUGAACAGUGAUGGUGCCACGCCGGCUCUCUUGAGACGCCCAGCUACGAGCCACCAAAGAUCAGCUACGCUCUCUGGAGUGCCCUAUACCCGACCUCUGACAAGCGAAUCCACAAACCUCGAGUCUCCUGCUUACAUUGCUCACGAACCCACGUGGCGGCCUUUCUUCGAGACGACCCAAUCGAGGAAACGACAUUCAUCUGGGUUGCCGCGAGAAGCAGGUGCUCGCACUGUUUCAGUAUCUCAGGGUUACCCUCCAACCCUUCUUCUCGGUGGGAGCAUAGAACCUCGAGACUUGACAGAUAUGGACGACCGCAUGUCACAGCCGUCUGACAUCCAGCUGGCCGCGCCAAUCCGGCGGCAUAAAAUUCGUCGAACGUUGGACUCUGUGCGGAAGGGUAUGCCUCAACGGCACUUCACGGACCCAAUCGUGAGGCUCAACAAAGACGAAGCCUAUGGCAGUAUUGUGCCCUCGACUGCCUUUUCUAACCUCUCACCGAUGUCGAAUGUUUCCACUUUCGAAGUUGACUUGCCUGACGGGACCCCGGUCUUUAAUUCAAGCCCCCCUUCCUACGGGCCUCCUCAACACCGAUUUACUCUGCCGAAACGCAUUUCUGUUGCCCCUUCGGAUCCAACCACGGCUAGCUCGGACAAUGAUAUAAGAGUAUUCACCGAUGAUGAUUCCAUGGACUUCCAAAGCGACACUGCCUAUGACUCACUGGCUACUCGAGCCACGGCCAGCAGUCACUCGGGUUUCCGCCAACCGAAAAUAGAAACAAUCUUUGAUGAGAUGUCGGUUGACCAGGUUCCAGCGGGAACAUCUGCCUUGGAGGAUUUAAUGCAACGUGCCACAUUAGAUGAUACACAAUCGCCUCGACGCGAGGCAGGUCACGAACAAUCUGCCAAUAUCGGCAUCGGCAUUAGUGGGCUUGAGCCCACAGAGGAGACGCAAAACCUCAGUCCAGAUCAAGCGUCCACUCCGGUCAAAAGUCCCUCAGCAGAAGUGGACGAUUUUGUUUUAACGCCAGUGCCAAAGAGAAUCUAUCGUGAACCUGUUGUUUUGGACUCUUCCCCUCCUUCCACGCAGCUGUUUCCACGAGCUCGGGCCGCGGAGCCUGAGCUUCCCCCAAUGAGGGACAUGGACGAUGAAGAUGACAUUGACUGGUCCCCCAAAUCUGCCAGUGACAGACAACAAAAGACGCCAAGUGAGGUACCGUCGAGUCCAAUCCAGACUCGCUUUGAGCAGCUGUUGGAAGACGAUUUCGAAGAACAACCGUCCAUCCAAAGAUCGUCCAUCUUUGAUUGGUCAGAACACCCGAAGUUUGGGAGCGAUCAGCCAAAUGGUAUCAAUCCUCGGCCGCAAACCGUUCAUGGUAAGCAAGGGAGCCAUGUUGGCAGGAGUCGGCCUUCUGGACGGAAAAGCAAUGCAACCAUGCACCUCCGCAGCCAGAGUGUUCCGGUCGUCAACCGUGACAGUGUCGCAGAAAGUGAUACGCCAUCCUCGGCCACUAAGUUUGGUACGUGGGCUUUGGGUAGCAAGCCUGUAAGCGAAGAAUGGAGCGAUGACUUUGAGUUUGACGACGUUGACGUGGACGAGGAAGCUCCGGGAAUGGCAGAUGAGACCAAAACGGUGAACCGAGAGUCGAUCCGAAGUGUCAAGGUUCCCCAAUCCAUCAUAGAUCGCCAACAAAGUGUCCAUGUCCAAUUCGGCCAAGUUCGAGAUUUUAUGUUACUCGUCGAAGAGCUUAAGAGGCUGCGCCUUCGCGGUGCUGGCCUUGGACUCUUGGACAGUCACUCACGGCAGCUGUGGGAGGAUGCAGGGAGCAUCAUUGAUUUGGCCACCGUGAACGAGGAUGACGAAGCUCUCCUUCGGGCACCUUCACCGGUGUCAUCUGACAUUUUUGGCGACGAGACUCCUCCGCCGAAAAGGACCAUCGAGGAGGAAGAGGGACGAAUAACGAGCCGACGAUCUAUUUCCAGUCCGGCAACACCUCCCUACGGACGGCCACGUGGAGAAAGCGUGCAAGCUAAGAAUUUCUUGCAGGCCAUCCAUCAGAAUAGACGGGAGGCAGAAGCCUCGCCCGCCGAGGAGUCCAUUCGGGGCCGUGGGCGUGGGCGUGACCGUGACAAGCUCCCAUUUGACACGCAGGACUUGAGAGAUCUGGUGGUGAGAGCUGGCGUAAUCACAAGGGCCCUGAAAGAGAUUGUGCGCAGGGCCGAAGGGGUGUCGCUCAGUCCCGAGCGGCCACCACAGAAAUUCCAAGAGCCGGUGUUCCGGCAAAUAUUCGAUCCGCCCAACUCAUCACCCAGUCCAGAGUCGAGGAAGCCGUGCCUCCCGAAGAGCAGGAGCGCAAAUAGCUACCUGGAUACGGUGGAGGCAUCGGUAGAUCACGAGAUUUCACCGUCCUUAAAUUUCACAAAGGUUGUGGAAGCUAACUGA